AUGGAGUUAUUGUCGCAAACGCUCAGAAAUGUCAUCGAUAUGAAGGCAAAGACAUUUCAUAGACAACAACAACAACCGACAAAACCCAUGGAUCCGAUCGAGUAUUAUAUUUCAAGUCAUCUGAUGCUAGAGUUAUGCGAAUGCGUUGAAUAUUUGCAUACAAGACAUCCAAAGGUUAUUCAUCGGGAUCUCAAACCUGCAAACAUACUUAUCAGUGAUAAUCCUAUUUGUAAUAAUAAUAAUAAUAAUAGUUUGAAUCGUUUUGUUAAAUUGGGUGACUUUGGUUUGGCCACUGAUCACAAUCACCAUCAUUUGACAACUAAUCGACAUCAAGAUAGUCAUACACAAUGUGUCGGAACGUUAGCAUAUAUGGCACCGGAAGUUAUAUAUUCAGGAAAAUAUAAUGAAUUCAGUGAUAUCUAUAGUUUAGGUUUAAUAUGUAAAGAACUUUUCGAUAUCAAUCCAUUUAAGUAA